UAGAUAGAUAGAUAGAUAGAUAGAUAGAUAGAUAGAUAGAUAGAUAGAUAGAUAUCUUUACUCGGAUCGUAAAUUGCUCAUUUGCUACUUUGACUUUUUGUUUUUCAUAAAUCAGCGCAUUAACCCGUGGUUUACACAAGGUCCGCCGUUUUUUUUAAAAUAUGUGCUACAACCGGGUACAUCUAACAGCUGUCUUGUAGCCCGACGAUAGCGUUUAUACAGGAUGGGGGAAAAAAAAAAGAUUUAUUUAUCAUAGCGGGUAAAUAGAGUCUAACCAUGUGGUGCAGGCUGUAACCAAUAGGCAGCUGAGGAGAAGGUUAGAAAAAAAAUACUACCAUUUUAGGAGAGGAUGUAAGCCACUAUACCAGCCCAUCUAGCGUUUUAGAGACGCUGUUAAGUAUCCCUUAAUUAAAAUAAUAAAGUAAAUAUGUCGCUAACGAAUUAUUAUUCUAUGAUGGGGCUCCAGGCCGAGGAGUCGUAUGGUGCACAUCUCAUUCCGGGAAGUUUGCAGAUUUCGAACGCUGGCUGCGCAAAGUCAGUCCGAGGAGCACGGGACGUGGAGGAGGACACUCCCGGCUCACACAUUCCGGAUAUUUCACAUUUUUCAAAUAAACAAAGCAGCUUAAAUGGGUUUUCCCCUUGGACAAACACUUCGACCUCCUCCCCGUCACCGUCCCCGUUGCAGCAGCCCGCCGCCGGCGCCUCCAUCGCUGGGCUUUUUCAGCCGCAUCACCUCCUCAGCCAUCACCACCAGUACUAUGGCGCGCAGACGCAGAGUCACACCGCCGAACACCUCGCCUGUUCGGCGUCUUCGGAGGGCAGGUUUGUCCGCUGCUGGGAGGAAGUGACUCCAGGUUCGGACGCGACUGUGUCCCAAGCGGCUUUUCCUGCCGGCUGUCUGUCCGGUCAGAGUGACCAUUCUACUCUGAGCUCGAGGUACGAGACGGUCAAACCUGAGAACUCUUCACCGCCGUCGAACGGCAGCCCGGGGGAUUCGAGCUACGCAAGCGCGGCCGAGGUGGUGCUCGAGCGGCUCGGCACCGUAGAGGAGCUCGGAGGAAACCCAGAGCCGAAGAAGGAGAAAGACGAGAAGACACAGCACCAAGAGCAACAGCAGCAGUUUGACCCGGAAAAUCCAUCAGCUAGCUGGAUUCAUGCAAAGUCAACCCGUAAGAAGAGGUGUCCGUACACCAAACAUCAGACCCUGGAGCUCGAAAAGGAAUUCCUUUACAAUAUGUACCUGACCAGGGACCGGCGCCUAGAGGUAGCAGGACUGUUAAAUCUUACUGAGAGACAGGUCAAAAUUUGGUUCCAGAACCGAAGAAUGAAGAUGAAGAAGCUCAUGAUCAGAGAGAGAAGGGGUAUUAAUGAAUAAUGGAUUGGGAGGGAGGCUGGAGAAGGAGAAGGAGGAAGAGGAGGAGGGGGAUUAAGAUCAGACCUCAUAAAAGAAACUCUGCGACCAUUACAAGUUUUACAGACUCCAUUUUGGAUUAUGAGGCUCAUCGUGGCCGCCUUACAAAUCUGCGGCGGGGAAAUAUUGAAAGCAAGACCAAAAUGUGUUGGGACAAAUCCAUCUCACUGAAUGGGAGAGUUGGAAGUAAUGCACAAAAGAAAAUGCUAUCACGAACAAAGAGAUCCAUGAUUUAAA